AUGGUGAUGAGGUGGCAGCUGAUGUGUAAACACAACUGGAAAAAAAAAUUGGAAAAAGUGGGAAUUUCUGUCUUCCCUCGUCUGUCCUCAACUCUCGCCACCACCCUCGUCUAUCCUCGUCUGUCUUCCCUCGCCUAUCCUCACCUCUCAUCGCCAUCCUCCUCCUCCACCAUAGCUCGCCGGGAAUUUCUGCAAAAGUGUAUUCUGGACAACAGCUAUUGUUUUGAGCAAUAUCAGAUUACUCGUUCUCAUCUAUCCUCAGAAUUCCUUACGCAAAGUGGAAAAAUGGAGGUUGAUUCAAAUGUUGGUAAGAAUCCUUUAAUAAAUGAGGGCAAACACGUUGAAGAACCUAAGAAGGGUAUGUGUUUUAGCUCAAGGGAAGAGGUGUACACAUUUUAUGAAAAAUAUGCUAAGCAUGUUGGAUUUUCUAUAGCUCAUAAAGCACAACAUUUUGGAGAUGAUGGAUUGUUGUCUAGUGAAGACACUAACACAUUUGUUUGGCUAUUCAAGUCAUGGUUAAGUUGCAUACCAAAUCAUCCGCCAAAAGCUAUUAUAACUGAUCAGUGUAGAGCUAUGCAAAAUGCUAUAGAAAUUGUGUUUCCACAAGCUCGACAUCGGUGGUGCUUAUGGCAUAUCAUGAAGAAAAUUUCGGAGAAGUUGAAAGGAUAUGCUCAGUAUGAAGCCAUAAAGUUGGCUAUGCAAAAUGCAAUUUAUAACUGUCUGACAAGAGCUAAAUUUGAGAGUAAAUGGGAAGAGAUGCUUGCAACAUUCAAUCUUUAUGAUAAUGAGUGGUUGGGGGUACUAUAUGAUGAGCAGAAUCGAUGGGUACCUGUCUAUGUUAAAGACAUUUUUUGGGCUAGCAUGUCAACUACACAACGAAGUGAAAGUAUGAAUACAUUUUUUGAUGGAUAUGUAAAUCCAAAAACUACAUUGAAGCAACUCGUUGAACAAUAUGACAAUGCCUUGAGAAAUAAGGUAGAGAAAGAGAAGAAAACAGACUUCAAGUCUCGACACAAAUUGUUUGAUUGCCUAACUAUAUACGGGUUUGAGAAGCAAUUUCAGCAAACCUACACCAAUGCAAAAUUCAAAGAAGUUCAAGGAGAGUUGAAGAGAUUAGUUUACUGUCAGGUGGUGAUUGUGAAAGAUGAGGGAUCAAUUUCUACAUAUAAUGUCCAAGAAGCGAUGGUAGUUUCUGAGAAGAUGAAGCAUGUGGACUUUGUUGUCUAUUUUAAUUCAACUGAAUAUGAAGUUCAAUGCAUAUGUCGGUUGUUUGAGUUUAGAGGCAUUAUGUGUGCUCACUCACUCGCUGUGCUUGUCAGAAGAUGA